AUGAUCGAUUUCAUUCGCAUCUUGUUCUGUCUUUGUAGAACGAGACAUUUUCUGAUAAAUUGGUGAAGCCAAGAAUUUUACUGCAAAUUGUGCUUGCAUAUAAGUGUUAAAGAUGAAGGGCUGCCUUUUCAACAUUGACGCGGGAUACCUUGAAGGAUUAUGCCGAGGAUUCAAGUGUGGUAUCCUCAAACAAUCUGACUACUUGAACCUGGUGCAGUGCGAAACCUUGGAAGAUUUAAAACUUCAUCUUCAAGGCACUGAUUAUGGGACGUUCCUAGCUAAUGAGCCCAGCCCUCUUUCCGUUUCAACCAUCGAUGACAAGCUUCGUGAGAAACUUGUUAUUGAAUUUCAGCAUUUGAGAAACCACUCUGUUGAGCCUCUAUCAACAUUCUUGGACUUCAUCACCUACAGUUACAUGAUUGACAACAUCAUCUUGUUGAUCACUGGUACAUUGCACCAGCGCCCAAUCUCGGAGCUAAUUCCCAAGUGCCAUCCCUUGGGCUCAUUCGAGCAAAUGGAAGCCAUCCAUGUAGCAGCCACACCGGCCGAGCUAUACAAUGCAGUGCUGGUCGACACCCCACUGGCUCCAUUUUUUGUUGAUUGCAUCAGUGAGCAAGACUUGGAUGAAAUGAACAUUGAGAUCAUUCGUAACACUCUCUACAAAGCUUAUUUGGAAGCUUUCUAUGACUUCUGCAAACAAAUUGGUGGAACUACAGCUGAUGUUAUGUGUGAAAUUUUGGCUUUUGAAGCUGACCGCCGUGCAAUUAUCAUUACCAUCAACUCCUUUGGUACUGAACUGUCCAAAGAUGACCGUGUUAAGUUGUACCCACGCUGUGGAAAACUGAAUCCCGAUGGUUUGGCUGCUCUGGCCCGUGCAGAUGACUAUGAACAGGUCAAAGCUGUAGCUGAAUACUACGCUGAGUAUUCUGCUCUUUUUGAAGGUGCCGGCAAUAAUGUUGGUGACAAAACAUUGGAAGACAAGUUCUUUGAACAUGAGGUAAGCCUCAAUGUGCAUGCUUUCCUGCAACAAUUCCACUUCGGUGUGUUCUACUCUUACCUCAAGCUGAAGGAACAAGAAUGCAGAAACAUUGUAUGGAUAAGUGAGUGUGUUGCUCAGAAACACCGUGCAAAAAUUGACAACUACAUUCCAAUUUUCUAAACACAUUUCUGUGGUAAAAAUAUUUUGAAACAUUUUUAGUUAUGACAUUAAACCAUAUGCUGUUAAAUUAAAAUCAAAAGUAUGUAACUUUCAACAUUAUAGUGAUAAAGAAUAUUAUGCAUAAAUAACAGUUAUAAUUGUAAAUUAAGUUAAUUAUGAGGUUUAAAUAAAUAAAAAUGUUAUCAAAUCAUGAAUGUAUAAAAAUAUUUAUUGUUAUAUUAUUAUAAAUAUAAAUAUUUCAUAGCUUGUAUUAUUUGAUAGAUUAAACUCUAGUUACAGUAUUCUUUUCAUGUACCUUUAGGCUUAGUUUAACAAUAUCUAAUAAUUUAAACAAAAUUCAAACAUUAAAAGUUUAAAAUUUUAUUGUAGGAAAUCUUUCAAUAAAAUGUACAUAAUUAAUUGAUGGUCAAUGAAACAAACACACCCAUGCAUGUAAUCAUGCACACACUAAAAUCUUUAUACAAUAUUGUCCAAUGAUAAUAUACAUUGUCUUAUCUUUAGAUGAAUGAUAGAAAUAAACCUAUUUAAAUAAUG